AUGACAAAGAUAUACCUUGCGCUUAUCUGCCACGUUUGCAAGGCGGGAGAGUUUUCAAGAAAACAGGCACUUUUACCUCUUGAAGUACGAUACCUCCACAGCCAAUUCCACCAAAGCCAACGUUACCUCAGAAUUGCUUUAGAAUUUUGCGGUAACAUCAACUUGUUAAGGAUUGGAAAUUCAAGUUGGGUAUCCCACUUCUACCGCCCUGGUGCUGCUAACCUCAACGACUUCCCUAUGCUAAGAGGAAUUCAAGCAGCCUUAUCCAAGUUAUUCUUCACACGAAAGGAAUCCAAACUCGAUCACCAAGUCGAAUAUUUAUGGGACAGGAAUGAUUUGAUUCAACAUGAACUAAACAUUAUCAUGACUGGUUCUCCAACAAUACACCAUGACGAUCUCCUGGGAGAUUCGUCUUCUGAGAGCUAG